GUCUUGCCGUUUACAGGCAUACCGAACACGGAUUCCACCGCGCCGAAUCCCCGGGAACCACUACGCGACGAGCAUUGUCAACCGGAGGAGGAUUAGAUUCGACGUUACGAUGGCGCCCUCCUUGAAUACCCAUUCUUCCUUCCAGAGGCCCCGAACUAGCGACCGGGAUGGCCGUCCUGGGACUCGCGAUCAUGUCGAUAGCAACUUGAUCAUCCCUAGCCGUACCUCGUCUCUCCACUCCCGUAUCACCCAACCCAUCCCGUCGACGCUCAACAUCAAGCCGCAACAGCGCACGCCCAAGACACUCACCCAUGCGUACAUGGUGUGCGGUGUUGGGCGGGAGCCUUCCCAAUGGGUCAAGGCGCCAUCGCCGGCCCAGGGGAAGAUCGGCCACAUGAAAGGGGCCGUGGGCCAAUUCUGGCUUCCCGAAAUUCUUGGGAGCAGCCCGCGUCUGGAACAGGAUAAUGAGAUUGCCCGGUCGUUGCACGCGGCAAUGAGAGCGUGCUUCCCACACGAUGUCGAGAUCUGCACCGGCCGAAGCCAGCCUCACUGUGUUCAUCACGCCUUCGUCCUGCAGCAGGAUUCCUCGCAUACCCUGUACGGCAUCUGCCUGCGAGUCUGGUCGCGAGCAGACGAGAAGAGGGCCGAGACGAUUCGGGACCUGAGGAAGCGAACCGAGCCGGACUUCUAUGACAGCCCGGAUGAGACGUACUGGAUUCCCUACUGCUUGUCCUUCCUGUCCCGGUAUCCGCUUUACAACCUCCUGGGCGAUUAUCUCCGAGGCAUGUGGAUCCACUGGAACAAGGCCACGAACCUGUUCCACGCCGAGGAGGUGUCACGCAUCCUUAGCUUCCCGGCUCCGAGACUGAAUGAUCUGGUCCGAAUUGACAUGAAGGAUUACGCGCUCUGCUAUCAGUUCCCUUCGUCCCCCACCGGCUUCCAGAACUUCCCCAUGUGGCCCCUCUUCUGUUGUCUUUCCAUCCCCAACAUUGUGGGUGUGAUUGAGGCCGCCAUCUCGCCUACUCGCAGAAUCAUCUUCGUCAGUCACUACCCGGCCAUGCUCACCAUGGCUGCCGAGACUGUCCGGUUCUGUGUGCGAGUCUAUGAGUGGAGCGGGCUCUACGUCCCGGUUGUGCACGCGCGUCACGCGAAGGAGCUUGUUGAGGAGCCCGGCCCGUAUAUCCUCGGUAUCACGGCCGAGUGCCGAAGCCUCUUCACUGCCCCUACCGACGCCCUCGUCGUCGACCUGGACCGUAACUUCGUUCUCACGUCAAACCCUCCUACCGCUCUCGCGCCCGGCCAACGGAAUAAGUUUGUCACCCGCCUCACUCAGUCGCUUAACGGUGACGUGACACCGUCUGGUGUGCCCCAACACCUGCGAUCUGCGUAUGGUGGCGGAAAGCUGGUUCCCGCCGGCCAGAUCAUUGUGAUGCGGGGGGAAGUGGAGUCGAUCCAAGACCCCGAGUGGUGGAAUCAAGAUACCGUCAUGGCCGUUAUGGACCACGUCUGCGAGAAGAUGGGUCGGAACACGGGUAUCAAAGCCGUCUUCGGUGGCUCCGUCAAGAAGCCGUUGAUGACCAAGGUGUCCAUGCGACACUUGAAUGAGAUUGUCCGGGAGAGAAACCAGUACUCGCGGGAUGCUCUGGAGGCCUGGCAGGACUUCAUCAACCUGAAGGGCCGCAUGGACACCGAACUAGGCAAGGUGACCAAGCGGAACAACUACUUGGUUGAGGAAUUGGAGAGCUGGAAGCAGCAGUUUCUCAAGUUCCAGGCCUUCGCAGAGCAACUUACCAAGGAGACCCAGGACCUCAAGGUCAAGAUUGAGAACCACAAGCGUGAGAACCGCCGCCUUGCUGGUAUGCUUGAUCAACAGAAGGACGAUGCUGCGCGCAUGUCGGUCCGUCUUGCCGGCACUGAGAAGCAGCGUGAUGAUGCGCUCGAGGCUCUUGUGCUUCAGCAGGAGAUUGCUGAGGAGCUUGAGCGCGAGCGGAAGAGGAACAAGAAGGAGCUCGCGUCGCUGCAGCACACCAACGUCACCAUUGUCAGGCAGCGUGAUGAGGCUCGCCGCGUCGUUCUCCAUCUGCGUAGCCUGAUCAGCGGCCAGAGCCACCACAUGGAGCACCUGGUGAAGACGCUCACCACUCCCGAUGAGCUGAUCGCCGAGAUCGAGGCUGGCUUCCCUGCCGAGAAUGAACUCGUGGGCGGCACCCCCGAACAAGAGGAGAGCCGAUUCCUCAAGAAUCUCGAGCUCGCAACCAAGCGCCUCUCGUCGGCGAGCUUCAAGGAUGUCGCAGACCGUCACCUCAAGGACAAGACCGACGCGAUCGCACACAUCAUCCGCAACAUUGCCGAGCAGUGCCAGGCAGCGGUUGAGAGCCUCCAGCUCGCCCAGGACAGCGAUAUGGAGCACCGUUCGCUUAGUCGGGCCAACAGCCCGUCUGCGCGCAGGGGGAGUAAUCUCUCCGUGGCGCCAAGUGACGACGGCCACUCAGCCGCUACUUCUGAGAUUGGGGACGACAGCCUGCUACACCCCGGAAGCGGACGUGCAUCAAGCAUCCCACCUACGCCGGAUCUCAUCCCCAACCGGAGCAGCACCAGCAUGUCGAUCGCCAGCACGGCAACGACCCCUGAGCGCAGUUCUCAGCAGUACGUCAUCGGACAUGACAUCCCGACAAAAAUCGUCGAGGACGACGAGGAUGACCUUCCCGGCGAGCGAAGCGAGGGCGAGAACAACCCCAUCCCCCAGGAACCGAGCAUCGUGGGCAAGCACGCCGAGAGCCUGAUCCACCGGCCUUCGGGUGCGCGCAUCAGCGCUCUCGGCAGCACCCGUUAGGGAUGUCCUUGCUGGAUGACGUUUUGAUCGAACCAUCCAUCCUUUUCUCGUUUUUAUUUUUAUUUUUUUAUUUUUAUUUUUGCGUUACUCUGAUAUCUGGUCGAAGAUUUGGACCGUUUACUGGCGUUUUAAGAGAUCUCUUUUUGUUACCUGUCCCGAUUUAAGUUCC